UUUGAGAAUGAUUUUCUUUUUUUUUUUUUUUUGAAAAUAACUUUGAGAAUGAUUUUAUUAAUAAAAAUGGGAAAAAUAGUGAACAUGGCCAAAGCAAAUUCCAAAUUUCUACGUUGUUUUGUUUGGGCCUUCGAAGCUCAAUGGCUUGUUUGUAAAUUCCAACUAUGGGCCAAAAACAUAAAUCUCAUCAACUGGUAAUGGGAUGUCACCAUUAGGCUAUAUGCGGGGUUACUAAUCGAUCAAUUCGAUUCCAAGCAGCCCGUGGUUUACAACAACAACUAUGAAAAUGGUGUGCUUUUUCUUUCGAUUAACAAUGAUAUAAAAACACAACAAUUAAAUGACAUUUCAUAGACUGACAGGAAAAAAAAAAUUUUUAAAUAAUAAACAUGUCAUGGCCUAAAGUGGAAGAGUUGCUAUCUCAAUUAUGGCAAGCUUACCACAGAGGAAGAUCGAUGUAGCAGUAAUUUCAGAAGUGUUUUUCGGAGUACUUUAACUUCAAUUUUGUCACCAUAUCCUUUAAGAUGUCCGAUGAAAGGUCAAGUAAACCGUAGCCACUGACUCUAUUCACAUAAAUACAAAUACAGACAAGCAGUCCUUACUGAGAAGUCUGGAUUCUCUAUCAACUGUCAUCCUCUUUGAAUUUCUUUGCUGCUUUCAUGGACGUUGGCCACUCGUUUGUGUCAAAUGCUUAUCCUAUGUCCUCAAUGCCACACUAUAUAGGAUAGCUAAAUCAAUGGCAAUACAAAAUAAGAUGGCUCUGCUAUUCUUUUUGUUCUUUCUUUUUCAGGUUUGCUCAAAGCUCGCUUUUGCUCAUUCUGCUGUCAAGUUUCUUCCUGGAUUUGAGGGGCCUCUCCCUUUUGAGCUUGAAACCGGAUAUGUGGGUGUGGAUGAAGCAGGGGAUAUUCAGCUCUUCUACUACUUUGUAAAGUCGGAGAGAGUUCCUGAGGAGGACCCUCUUCUGCUUUGGUUGAGUGGUGGCCCUGGCUGCUCUGCCUUCUCAGGUCUUGCUUUUGAAAUUGGUCCAUUGAAUUUCAAGGCAGACGUGGAGUACAACGGAAGCUUGCCGACACUGGUAUUGAAUCCAUACUCAUGGACAAAGGUGUCUAACAUCAUAUUUAUAGAUUCACCAGUUGGUACAGGAUUCUCCUAUGCAAGAAACAGUCUUGCUGCAAGGACCGGUGAUUUCAUACAAGUUCAUCAGCUUUACCAAUUUCUUAGGAAGUGGCUGGUGGAUCAUCCAAACUUCAUUUCAAGCCCAGUUUAUGUUUGUGGGGACUCGUAUUCUGGCAUUCCUAUCCCAAUCCUUGCUCAAGAGAUCUCAAAUGGAAAUGAAGAAGGUAUCAGACCAUUGAUUAACCUACAGGGAUACAUACUGGGGAAUCCCAAAACAGAGCCAAAUCUCGAAGCCAACCUCCAGAUUCCAUAUGUUCACGGAAUGGGACUAAUUUCUGAUGAACUCUAUGAGUCAUUGAAGAGAAAUUGUGAGGAAGAUUAUCAAAAUUUAGAUCCCAGUAACGAGGAGUGCCGGAAAGAUAUUCAAUAUUUCUCCAUGUGUAUCUCAGGAAUUCAAACUGGCCAAAUUUUGGAACCUAUCUGCGGUUUCGCCUCCCCGAAGCCACAAGAGAUCGGUACAAGGCGUUAUCUAGAUGAACACCAUGAUCAAAAACCCCUCGACGAUGAACAAGACCCACCACCGCUCCCUACAGUUGGCUGUCGUUCUUACUCAUACUUGCUAUCUUAUUAUUGGGCUAACGAUGAUAAUGUCCGAAAAGCUCUCCACAUUAGAAACGGAAGCAUAGGACAAUGGCUGCGCUGCAAUUUAGGAUUACCUUAUAACAUCGAUGUUCUAAGCAGCUUUCAGUAUCAUGCAAACCUCAGCGCCAGAGGCUACCGCGCUUUAAUAUACAGUGGCGACCAUGACCUGCUCGUGCCAUUCUUGUCAACUCAAGCAUGGAUAAGAUCUCUGAACUAUACAAUUGUUGAUGAUUGGCGGCCAUGGAUACUACAAGGCCAAGUUGCAGGAUAUACAAGAACUUAUUCUAACAGGAUGACAUUUGCCACUGUCAAGGGAGGAGGGCACACAGCUCCUGAGUACAAGCCUGCAGAAUGUCUGGCAAUGUUUCAAAGGUGGAUAUCUGAACAGCCUUUGUAAUAGGGACAUCAAAUAAUACCAACAGUUGAUGAAAUGUUAUUCUAUAUAAUAUAUGGCACUAGUUAGCCUUUUUCAUAUUAUAUAUAAAUCAUGUAAUUGACAUAGAAUUGCAUGCCAAAAUAAUGAAAUUUCCGGGCCAAAAAGAAGCUCUAUACUAAAAUUGAUGCAAAUGCAAAUUUAUGUGC